AACAUGGCGGGGCUGUGACUGACACACUGGGCCAGGCUCGGUCAGGAGAGGGCGGAGACACCGGGAACGGCGGCAUGUUAGCGGAGAUAGUGAUCAGCGGCUGGAAAUACUAAGCCAAGCUUAUUAUUUUUUUGUUUACCUCAGCGACCUAAAUUGAUUGUUACCCCUCAUUGUUUUUUUUUUCUGGCCCAGCAGUCGAAUCGUUGAUCAUCCCCGUUAUCUGCUUUCGCUCACUGCGAGUAUUAUUGUUCUUCGUCGGAAAGGCAGCGGCUUUUUACAGCGCCUAACCCCAGCGGGUGCUAGCCCAUCAUGACGGAGGCUUGCAGUGCCUAGACUUCGACCUUGGACCUGGACAUACAGAGGACGUGAGGAGGAAACGGAUGGGAAGGUAACUGGUGAGGCGAAGAGGCCUGACCGCUGCUCUGUGGAUUCUCCCGGUGGGCAUGGCCUAGAAGUAAUCUCUACGUAGAGAGAGGAUCACUGUCAAGACUGUGACAAUAUUUACCGCCCCACUGCUGGAGGUUUUUUAGCAGGAAACACCGCGGUCUGGGCCCUGUAGGUGGCAGUGUGGGGAAAAUUAGCCCCAUUCACCUAAAAACAACACUUUGGCCUUCAAAUUGCAGAGUAUUGAGGUAUCAUAUAGUAGGAACAUUUUGGGGAUCGGGGCCUGCGUUUUACGCACAAAGGACACACACAAGCAGCAACGGGUGUCAGGAAAGCUCGUGGAUUGGGCCCUGCCAGACGUGGUAAGGGUUUCAAGAAAAACGUUGUAUCUGGCUUUGCUCUUCGUGGUCGAAUUUUGAGAAAGGGCCUGAGGUCCGGCACUGCGAAGCGGGGUACGGGUGGCAGGAAAGCGCGGGUAUCGGGCUCUGCUGAGCGGGUUAGAGUCACCAGGAAAGCCCGGAGCUCGGGCCUCCUGGGGCAGAGAAGAAACACCAUGACUGACACUCGGCGGCGGGUGAAGGUCUACACGCUUAAUGAGGAUCGUCAGUGGGAUGAUCGAGGCACCGGGCAUGUGUCCUCCGGCUAUGUGGAAAGGCUGAAGGGCAUGUCCCUUCUUGUUAGGGCCGAAAGUGACGGCUCUCUUCUAUUGGAGUCAAAAAUUAAUCCUAACACAGCCUACCAGAAACAACAAGAUACAUUGAUAGUUUGGUCAGAGGCUGAAAACUAUGACCUGGCACUUAGUUUCCAGGAGAAAGCUGGAUGUGAUGAGAUUUGGGAAAAAAUAUGUCAGGUUCAAGGGAAAGAUCCCUCAUUGGAUAUUACUCAGGAUUUAGUGGAUGAAUCUGAGGAGGAACGAUUUGAUGACAUGUCCUCUCCUGGCCUGGAGUUGCCACCUUGUGAAUUAAGUCGAUUAGAAGAGAUUGCUGAAGUUGUUGCAUCAUCUUUACCAUCUCCCCUGCGACGAGAGAAGCUUUCUCUAGCUCUGGAAAAUGAGAGUUACAUCAAAAAGCUCUUGGAAAUUUUCCAUGUGUGUGAAGACUUGGAAAACACAGAAGGACUACACCACUUAUAUGAAAUUAUCAAGGGUAUCUUCCUCUUAAACCGAACUGCACUCUUUGAGGUUAUGUUUUCUGAAGACUGCAUAAUAGACAUAAUUGGAUGCCUAGAGUACGACCCAUCUUUAUCAACCCCACGGAAACACAGGGAAUUUCUAACAAAGACAGCAAAGUUUAAGGAGGUGAUUCCCAUAUCGGAUCCUGAACUGAAACAAAAAAUUCAUCAGACAUACAGAGUUCAAUACAUUCAAGAUGUGGUCCUUCCCACUCCUUCUGUUUUUGAGGAAAAUAUGUUAUCAACACUUCACUCCUUCAUAUUUUUUAAUAAAGUGGAGAUAGUUGGUAUGUUACAGGAAGAUGAGAAAUUUCUUACAGAAUUAUUUGCACAUCUCACAGAUGAAGCAACAGAUGACGAUAAGAGACAAGAGCUGGUAAAUUUUUUAAAGGAGUUCUGUGCAUUUUCUCAGACAUUACAACCUCAGAAUCGAGAUGCUUUCUUUAAGACUUUGUCUAACAUGGGUAUCCUGCCAGCACUAGAAGUGAUUUUGGGGAUGGAUGAUGCACAUGUUCGGAGUGCUGCUACGGAUAUAUUUUCUUACUUGGUUGAGUACAACCCAUCCAUGGUCCGAGAAUUUGUAAUGCAAGAGGCACAACAAAAUGACGAUGAUAUAUUGCUGAUUAAUCUAAUCAUUGAGCAUAUGAUUUGUGACAAUGAUCCUGAGCUUGGAGGUGCCGUACAGCUAACAGGACUUCUACGUACAUUAGUUGACCCUGAAAACAUGCUGGCUACGACCAAUAAGACUGAGAAGACUGAAUUCUUGGGUUUUUUCUACAAGCAUUGUAUGCAUGUCCUUACUGCUCCUUUACUGGCAAACACCACAGAGGAAAAGCCCAGCAAAGACGACUUUCAGACUGCUCAACUGCUAGCACUGAUCUUAGAACUGCUUACGUUUUGUGUCGAACAUCAUACUUACCACAUAAAGAACUACAUCAUCAACAAGGAUAUCCUGCGUAGAGUACUUGUGCUUAUGUCUUCUGCUCAUUCUUUCUUGGCCUUAUGUGCACUGAGAUUUAUGAGGAAGAUAGUUGGCCUGAAGGAUGAAUUCUAUAACCGGUACAUAGUGAAGAGCUUUUUGUUUGAACCUGUUGUAAAGGCCUUUCUCAACAAUGGUUCCCGGUAUAAUCUUUUGAAUUCUGCCAUUAUAGAAAUUUUUGAAUAUGUUAGAGUGGAAGACAUAAAGUCCUUAACAGCCCAUGUUAUUGAGAACUAUUGGAAAGCAUUAGAGGAUGUAGAGUAUGUGCAGACAUUCAAAGGCCUAAAACUGCGAUACGAUCAACAACGAGAGAGGCAAGAUAACCCAAAACUUGACAGCAUGAGAUCCAUUCUUCGCAACCAUAGAUACCGGCGAGAUGCUCGGUCCAUAGAAGAUGAAGAAGAAAUGUGGUUCAACACGGACGAGGAUGAUCUUGAAGAUGGUGAACCAGUGGUGCUUCCCUCAGAAAAAAUAAAGAACAAUGACGAUCUUAUGGAUCCUAUAAGCAAAUUCAUGGAAAGAAAAAAAUUGAAAGAUAAUGAAGAGAAGGAGGUGCUUCUGAAGACAAACCUGACUGGUCGCCAGAGCCCAAGUUUUAAACUUUCCUUUUCUGGAGCAACAACAAAGACCAACCUCACCAGCCAAUCAACGGCAAGCAGCUUACCAGGAUCUCCUGGUUCCCCUGGAUCUCCAGGCUCUCCAGGUUCUCCUGGAUCAGUUUCCAAAAGCACACCUCAGACGGCAGCUAUAACUACAAAGGGGGGUCUUGUAGGACUUGUAGAUUAUCCAGAUGAUGAUGAGGAAGAGGAUGACGAUGAGGAAGAAAAAGAAGAGACCGUACAACUCUCAAAAAAAGCAAGACUUGGUUCAUAAUACCAGCAUCUGCUCUAACAGCCAUGGAGACUUUGAUAUCCCCUAAGAACAGAAAAUCCACAGAAGCAGCCAGUCACAUGGGCAUGUCUGACACAAACCAACAUGUAGAUGUCUGCUCAUUAAGUGCCAAUUCGUAGGAGCACGAGGAGAGGGAAGUAUAACUUUAAAAGUAAAGUACUUUCAAACCUCGCCUCUUUAAUCUAGACCACACAUUGCCCUUUUCUCAGGGAAGGAAAAAAGAAAAAAAUAACAGGGCAGGAGUUUAUAGUUUAACUCUGGAUUUCGAUGGUCGUUUGCUCCAAUCAGAAAUAAGCUUAAAAAUGUGGUUCUAAAAGAGCCAUUUGAAGAAGGAUUGUCUGCAGCUUCAACGGAUGCCAGCACUUCUCUUUUGGUGGAUCUCCUCUGCCUUUAUGAUAUACACAUCCUGGACAUUUUGUCAUUACCAUAACAAGUUUUAAAUUCCUUGGUGGGGGAGGGCCAAUUAUAAAGUUUUGCCCCCUUUUUUUUAUCUGUUCCUUUUAUGCCCUUAAAACUGCAGAUUUCAUUUGAAGGUGCAGAGGGUAACUCUCUGCCCUUUCUUGAUUAAAGAUUGAGUGGAAUUCUA